CUGACCGCGCCUGACUCCGUCCGGCAGGGGGCGCCAGUGGCGUCAGCCACAUUUCGAAGCACUUUGCUGCCAUCUCGUGGUCAGACCAGACAGUCACGUGACUUCAGGACCCAGCUGGGAUCAUGAAUCCAGCGUGACCUGCGAGUUUCCGUCCAGGGAAGCUGUCGCAGGGAUGACAGUCCGACAGUAUUAAAAACCGUGACGAAGCUGCUCAGGUUCCUUCGGAGGUGGUCGACAGGAGAGCGAGGGCGUGAUGGCGCGCAUUCCUGGUUGGGCUCGAAGAGACCACUGACACCCCAGCGGGGUCACGUGAGCGUCGUGAGACGAGAAGCAUGGCGCUCCGGAGGAGCCCGACGCUCAGCGCAGACGACAGUGAGUUGUGGUUCGGGUCACUGGGUCCAGCGGCUGACACGCAUCGAUGCGCUCGACAAUCCUGCCGACGAUGGUUCUGUCUGUAUCCCAGCAUGGGCCCGGAAGUUGUUUGGGAUUCCCAGGUAGAACCAACCCCGGAGAUGCUGUCGUCGCCGGGGAAAACCAAGGUCCACCCGGAGCAGUAGCGGGAGCCGAGGACUCCAGACCAGCUUUCUGGUGAGAGGAUGAGUGCUGACCACCAUGGACGUUCAUACGCCGCAGGUCUAGGCCCAGAACCCUCCAGGGAUCCCCUCUGCGGCUCAGCGUCGUCUCCGAUCUGCCGCUGCGCCAGUGCCAUCAACGUGGAGCUGUGCAGUGAGGACGAGUGGCCUGGUGCCCCGCGGCCCGGCGAGCGGGGCCCGUCCCUGGAGGUGGCCCCCGAUGAGGCGGAGAGCGGAGAGCGGCGAGCAGCCGUGUACGGCCCAGCCUCGGCGGGAGCCGUCCGGCUGCCCGGCGGGAAGCUUCAGUGCGAGGUCUGCGGGAUGAUCUGCAUCGGACCCAACGUUCUGAUGGUGCACAAGCGCAGCCACACGGGCGAGAGGCCCUUCCAGUGCAGCCAGUGCGGCGCCUCCUUCACUCAGAAGGGAAACCUGCUGCGUCACAUCAAGCUGCACUCCGGAGAGAAGCCCUUCAAGUGCCCCGUCUGCAGCUACGCUUGUCGCCGCAGGGACGCUCUGGCAGGACACCUCCGCACGCACGCAGUGUCUUCCCUGGCGGUGGGAAAGCCCUUCAAAUGCAGCAUCUGCAGUCGCAGCUACAAGCAGCAGGGCACCCUGGAGGAGCAUCAGCAGCGCUGCCACAGCUGCACCCCCAAGAACCAGAAGCUGGGAGACGCGGCUCCGCCCACACAACACGGCUGCGGCACAGCAGCUGAGGAGGUGGCAGCCGAGUCCCAGAGCAGACCUGCACCGCAGCCCUCCAGCUCGGCGGACAGACUGGGCCUCAGCCUCACCAAACGAAAGCGCUCCACACCACAGAAGUUUUCUGCUGAGAAGCAGAUGGACUUGGACACACCUGAAGCACCUUAUGAGCUGUCGUCUGGCUCGGAGAAGGAGCCGGAGUCCGGGGACUGGACAGGGCUGGUGGCCAGACACUUGCCGGGCUCCAGAGGUCAGCUGCAUCCCACCUUCGUCAGCAACUCCUCCCUUCAAGGUCCUCCUCAUGGCGGACUUGAGCUGGCCGAGGGCCGGGAUGACCCCUCACCCAACGGAUGUCCAGACUCCACCGACACAGAGAGCGCGCCCGAGGAGCAGAGCACAAGGGCUACGGUCCCAACCAGUACCUCAAACAACCAGCACCUCCGCCUUCGAGCCCCGGCGCCCUCCGGAAACCAUUCCACUUCCAGCCCCCUCCAGACCAAGGACCUGGACCCUGACUGGGCCAGAGCCUGCCCGGCUCCCGCAGCGAUGGUGAGGAGGACCUCCCGGGAGGCGGUUCAGGUGUUAGACGCCGACGGCCAGGCGCUUCGCUCCUUCCACUGCCGCCACUGCCGCAUCCUCUUUCUGGAUCACGUCAUGUUCACCAUCCACAUGGGUUGCCAUGGUUACCGACAGCCCUUCGAGUGCAACAUCUGCGGCCACCGCAGCCAGGACCGCUACCAGUUUUCCUCGCACAUCUGCCGCGGCGAGCACCUGGUGGGCUGAGCUCUGGCGUCAGUCCCAGGCCAGCGGCGAGCCCUUCUCUAGUCGUGUCACUGAUGAAGCGGCUGUGAUGAGCGAAAGCCAGCCCAGUUGGUCUGCGAAACACAGCUUCGCCCCAAAGUGCCUUCAGUGCGGAGGAAGAGGAGGAGGGAGAUGAAGAGCAGGAGCAUCUUCACCCGGCGUCACGGUUCUGCCUCGGCGGAGAAGUCAGUGGCGCAUUUCGCCUGACGGACCAGGGUUCUCUCAGUUUGAAAUGCUCGUUUACACGGUCCUGCUUCGGUGAGUCGGGUCAGCACUACACGCACUUGUGCCUCGGGAGUGUGGGAGGAGCUUCUGUCGGAUUGCCUUAACACUGCUGCAGGACCACACGUUUACACCAGCGGGCGAUGAGACGCCCGAACCUGCGCUGGUGGUGCCUCAUGGAGCGGGGCUUGGACCGCACCCUCUGCUCACCUGCACCAGUCCAGUUCCCCGAGCUGCAGCCCUGUGUGGGUGCACUGAACAAGACUUUGAUGGUCACUUCUCACAAGCCCUGGGAGACAUGUGGGCGGGAAGACGGCGGAAAGGCUAAAGCCCGGGCCACUGGGCCAGUCUGGAGCUCCAGAUGCUAGAGUGAGCGCAGCGCUCCAAACCCAACCAACAACCAACUCCCAUGCUGCUCCUCGCUGCGAGGUCGGACUGAAUGUUGGAUAUUUGUUGUUGUAUUUUUGUGAUUUUGCUCUUGACCAGUUUGCAUCUUCUGGCCACACGGGUGGACGCAGCACUUCUCUGAGGCUACUUCUCGUGCUGGUUCCUUUGCUUCCUGCGUGUCAUUGACUCAGCUGUAGUCCAAAAUCUUCUCACGUGAAUGUGACCUCCUGCUUCUCCGCAGCACCUGGGUACCUUAUCGCUACAGUGCAGUGGCUUGAGUGCGAGCGUCCAUUGUCCUCGCCGCGUCAUACUUUCACACGUUGAUUGGCAGACCGCACUUCAAAAGCCAAUGGUCAGGUGAUCAGGGCAGGCGUGGGGAUCUUUGGUGAAUGACAAAACACUUUUACCUCAAACCAUGUUCAACUGCCUCAUUCUUUCAAUGCUCCAGUCGCUUUCCUGCAAAUGUCUGCCCCUGAACCUCUCAGCUCUUCUUACCCUCAAUAAAGUUGCAGUUCUUGUUCACGUUGGUUGCCUUUCUGCAU